AUGACUACCAAUGUCACAGUUCAACAGGAGGACAAUCAACUUCAACCCGCCGAUGUCAUCUCCCUUAUGAAAGCCCUCUAUACUGUCAACAUUGACGUUGGUCCCGAGUUUGUUUCUUCCGUUCGUGCUUAUGUUGCUACCUGGCGUUCGAUUUACCAAUCAUUGUCGCCUGAUUCUGUUGUGGCUUUCCUCGCUUUGGCUUCAAUGGGUCCCAAUUGUGAGCGCUUCAUCCAGUACGCCUUGGAGCACCGCUUUGAUAGUAACAAUACUGACAACCUUGAUAUCAACAAUUUCAUCCGGAACGCUGACAAAUGGGCCAAAUUGUUGAAGAUUACUGGACCUCCUGCUACUUUUUCGACUGAGGCGUUUGUUGCGUCAUCAAAGAGUAAUAAAAAUAAGUAUAAGAAUGAUAGAAUCAAGUGUUUCCGUUGUAAAAAGCGUGGUCACAUUGCUACUAAUUGUCAUGCAACUUGGGAAGAGGCUCAGGCUGGAAACCAGGAUAAGGGUCAUAAGGAAUCUUUUUAA